ACAAUGUGUCUGCUCCAAUAGGAAGUUGCUUUGUGAGGGGAGCUUCUGCGAGGCAACAGAGAACGCAGGGCCUUCAGUAACGUGAAACCGAAACGUAUUCCCUCAGUUUUACUCUGUCGACGUAAAAUAUACAAGGCAGCUGGAAGUAUGGAUGACGACGUAUUGACCACUCUGAAGAUUUUGAUAAUCGGAGAAAGCGGAGUAGGGAAGUCCAGUCUUCUCUUAAGGUUUACGGAUGAUACUUUUGAUCCAGAACUUGCGGCAACCAUUGGUGUUGACUUCAAAGUGAAAACUAUAUCAGUGGAUGGGAAUAAGGCAAAGCUUGCGAUAUGGGACACGGCCGGCCAGGAACGGUUCAGAACUCUGACUCCUAGCUACUACAGAGGAGCACAGGGUGUGAUCCUGGUAUAUGAUGUGACGAGACGAGAUACGUUCGGCAAACUUGAUAACUGGCUAAAUGAGCUGGAAACAUACUGCACAAGGAAUGACCUCGUCAAAAUGUUAGUUGGAAACAAAAUUGAUAAGGAAGGUCGGGAACUAGACAGGAAUGAAGGCCUUAAAUUUGCAAGGAAACAUUCCAUGCUUUUUAUAGAAGCUAGUGCGAAAACUUGUGACGGUGUACAGUGCGCUUUUGAAGAACUUGUGGAGAAAAUCAUUCAGACACCUGGACUGUGGGAGAGCGAGACCCAGAGCAGAGGAGUGAGGCUGUCUGACCAGGAGGAGGGCAGUAGAGCUGGAAGCUGUGGCGGAUACUGCUCCAUGUUGUAAAAAAAAAAAAUCACAAAACUAAAACACAUUUUUUUUAGACUAUUUAAACUGCUGAUGAACUGUAUUCCUGUCUAUACUUUCAUUAGCUGAUGUAAUAGGAACAUUGCUGUUUGCACACUUUCUGGUAACAUGGCAGCAGCCGUUGUUUGUAAAAAAAGAAAGAAAAAAAAAGCCCGCUCCUAAACAACUUCUCAAGACUUGCAGUCAGUCUGUGACCAUGGGUGCAGUCGUCCAGUUCAUAUACAUAUGAAGAGCACUGAAUGUGGCUGGUGUCAGUUAAUGUAGCAAACUAUUUACAACUCACUAAAGAUAAACACAUCCCUCCUUGCUGCCAUUAUAUCAUUUGUACUUGACAGCAUACAUGUUUUCCAUUGAGCACAAACAUUAUUCCUUUCCUCCUGUUGCUGUUUUGAAUGUGAGGAAUUGACAAAUGCAUUGUGUAUAUGUAAGCACAAAAUCACUAAAAGAAGGAUUGCUUUUCCCAGUGUAAGCUGCUUGCUGUACGCUCUGCAUCAUCACGCCUUUUAAUCCGAAAAGAAGGAAACGCUUCAUUUUAACAUUUUAUUUGAGCGGUGAAAAUGCUGUUAAGAUACUACCAAGUUGUGGACCUUUUUUGUAAUGUUAUUUUGAAUCAGUUAUUUGUUUGAACCAAUUAAUAAUAGUUCCAGACAUUUUUGGAUCUGCAUUUUAUUACUCAUAUUAACUCAGACUGCAUUCUUUAAACUGGGUUUGAAAGGUUUAUAAAUCAGGCGGAUUGGCACUGUAGCUUUCUAUUGUACGCUGCAAAAGCAUAAAAAUCCAUGUCUUGUUUUGUUUCCUGUUUCCUUAGCUAGUUAUUUAAUGGUCCAUAACCUAGGCACAUUCUGACUUUCUUUAAAUAUCUUCACAUCAAAGAUUGAACUCAGUUUAUUACAUUUAUCUUAUGAAUCAUUCCCGAAUCUAAACUAUUUAACAAACCAUUAGUGAGGGCUUUGCAGUUCAGUGAAACACAACAGAUAUACAGUAUUCUGAGCCUAACAAAUACAGCAUUUUCUUUUUUCCGUUCCAGGCACAUUGCUGAAGUGUAGUUCUGUGCAUGUGUAUAAAAAUUGCAGCAUGCAGCAGUGUAAAUCACUUAUCUGGACAAUGUACAGAUGUUUGACGCAUGUAUGCCUUCUGCUUAUGCUGGUUGGGUACAUUUGCAUUUUACCUGUUAAUCCAAGUAUAAUUCAUUUGUGCUGUAAUACAUAUAUAUAUAUAUAUAUAUAUAUAUAUAUAUAUAAUUUGUCUACACGUUUGUAUUGUUACCCUCAAAUUCAAAGAACUCUUCAAGUGUUCACUUAAUAAAAAAAAAAUUUAAAAAAAAACAACAGUAAUGUUGCAUUCUGGGAGUGGGUGGGAGAAUCAUGAUUUAUUUAAUACCCAUGUUUUUAAUCUGUUGGUUUUUUGUGGAAAGUGGUUCAUUGUGGAGGUUAAGAAUUAGGCAAUAUGUGUUAAAGUAUAACUCAAUCUUAUAUGAUCUCCACAGAAAGUAGUUUGGUUUAUACUGAUUACCAUAUUUCUCACGAAACAUCUUUCACACACACACACACACAUCUAUAUAUGUAUAUAUAUGCGCUGUAUUAGACCUGGAGUUUGAGAUGGUUGUCCACUGUUUUAAUGCUAUCUACUACUUUUAAAAAUGUUGCAUAUAUACAGUACUGUAAAAUCCUAAUCUGUUCAUGUAAAUAAAUAAUUAGUAUCCAA